UAAGCUCCCACCUUCUCCGCUAGGGAAGAACCGCGCAAGUUCUUCCCUAACGCUGGAGGCGACGAUCAGGAGCGCGCGCCGGGACACCGCUGGAGCAGCCGAUUCGAAAGGCAUGGAAGGACUGCUAGGCGGCGGCGGGCGCGCGCGCCUCUUCCUCGCGCCCCCCCUCCUCCUCGCCCUGCACCUGCGAUUGGGCUCCGGCGCGUGCCCAUGCCAGGACCCCGCGCUCUGCAGCCCGAUCACGGCCACCAGGGACUUCGAGGUCUUCAUAUUUGAUGUUGGUGGAAAGGACUGGAAGUUCUACAACUGGACACAAAUUACAACAGUGGCAACUUUUGGAAAAUAUGACCCUGAUCUUAUGUGUUAUGCCCAUUCAAAAGGAUCCAGGGUAGUAUUAAAAGGAGAUGUAUCUGUGAAGGCAAUUGUUGAUCCUGCCGUCAGAAAAGCCUGGAUAAACCAACAGGUAGACCUGGCCAAAACACAGUAUAUGGAUGGAAUCAAUAUAGACAUUGAGCAAGAGGUUAUUCAGUUUUCAGAUGAAUACUAUGCAUUAACAGCUUUGGUUAAAGAAACAACGGAAGCUUUUCACAAAGAAAUUCCAGGAUCACAGGUAACUUUUGAUAUAGCCUGGACUCCGGAAUGUAUAGACAAAAGAUGUUACAACUACACUGGGAUCGCUGACUCUUGUGAUUUUGUGUUUGUGAUGUCUUAUGAUGAGCAGAGUCAAGUGUGGACAGAAUGCAUAGCAAGAGCUAAUGCUCCAUACAACCAGACAUUAGCUGGAUAUGACCGUUACAUUUGCAUGGGCAUUGAUCCAAAGAAGCUUGUGAUGGGCAUUCCAUGGUAUGGCUAUGAUUAUACCUGUUUAAACUUAUCAAAGGACCACGUUUGUUCCAUUUUAAAAAUCCCUUUCCGAGGGGCUCCAUGUAGUGAUGCAGCUGGACGUCAAUUCCCUUAUAAAAUAAUAAUGGAUCGGGUAAAUAGUUCUCUUUCUGGAAUCCUGUGGGAUGAACAACAGAAAGCUCCAUAUUUAGAAUACAAGGAUUCACGUGGUGCUUUCCAUCAAGUGUGGUUUGACAAUCCCAGGAGCAUUUCUCUGAAGGCAGCCUAUGUGAAAGAACAUGGCUUGAGGGGGAUCGGUAUGUGGAAUUCAAAUUGCCUUGACUACUCUGGCGGGUCUGUCGCCCAAGAGCAAACAGAAGCAAUGUGGAAUGCCUUGACACCAAACUGACUUCAUGAGAAGGUGUACUGCUCAACUUAUAUAUAUUUUUUCAAAUGUGUAUUAUUUUAAAUUACAGCGUAUUAAUUUUCCAUUUAAUAUAUUCCUAUCAACAAAUAAAAUUAGUUUCAAAUAGUGUAACAUAUAUUUAUUUUUUCAGAUCUGACAUGUAGCAGCAAAAGCUUUAAACCUGGAGAGGUAAUAGCAUGGCCACCAGCGGGCUGGGACGAGGAGACAAGAUGGACUGUGCUGCAAAGGACACUGGGAUAUGGGAAGGGAGUGGGCUGGAGGUGGGGAAUAAGCCACACAAAGCCGCCGCUCGCCUGACGGUCUGUUGGGAGUAACGUGGGUUGGCGAGCAAACAGCCAACCCACCGUAGCUGAUCCUCCAGGGACUUCAUGGACUCUGACUGAAGUAUUCUGAUUGUUGUGAACUUCACGUUGCUACAAGUAGAGUUUCCCCUUAGAUUUAAAAUAUGUAUUCUAAGAAAGCAAAGGGCAGUGAUUUUUUACUCAGGACGGAUAAUACCCAUUCCCAAGCUGCACAUAAAAACACCAUGCACUGUUUUCUGCAUUACAGCAGUCCAAAGAACUGCAAGGCAGGGGAGAGACUGUUCUGGUUAAUCAGUCACCAUUUCCAUAGCCUAGAUCAAAGAGCGUAAUUGAUGUGCUUACCUUACAUGUGUACUGCCGAGCUUGGCCACAGAUACCUCUCCAAAUUGAAUCAAUCUGAAAGUUACUAUUUUUUAUUCCAUGUGUAACAUUGCAGUUCGUUUUUAUCAGUUUAGCUGAAAACAUAAUAUUGGCAUAGGAACAGAGGAAGCUGUCUUCUACUGAGUCUGAUCAUUGGUCCAUAUAGCUCAAUAUUGCCUAGGCCAGGGGUGGUCAACUUGGGCAGGUUGUGUGGGGCACACUGACCCCUGUGAACCCGAUGGGGGCCUCCUGCCUAAGUGACCGUGCUACUGCUGGAAGAGGCCACAACAGUGGAAUCCCUGUGAUUCUGCUAGGAAACAAGGUGCAUGCCUUGUUUCCAACAGAAUAGGGCUCCUGAUGGCCACCCACCAGGAGCCCCAUUUUGCUCCCCACGCGCCAUGUUUCCCAGAAGAAUCGCUGGGAUUUCAGCAGCAUGAGGACAGUGGCAACCAGGGGAAGGGCACACAAACAGCCAUUGCGAGCCACAUGUUGGCCAACCUCUGGUCUACAGGGAGUGGCAGCAGAUCUCCCAGGUUUCAGACAGAAGUUUUUCCAGCCCUACCUGGAGAUGACAGGGACUGAUCCUGGGAUGGAAAAGAAGCUACAGCCCUUCUCUGAAGAUGUUUAUACCUUAUGGUUUUCUCACAUAUCCCCCAAAUGGUUUCAAAUGUUCUUAAAGUAUCAAAUGAUCCAUUCAUGUGACAAAACAAAGGCUUGACAAGGUGAACUUGCUCGCUUUUAAAAUGGAAACACAUUUUUGCUAUCUGUCAACUUUAAACUUUACAGUGACGUAUUUUUGGAUACCAAAUGCAGAGGGUCCAGGAAUCGCAAAUCUCCCUAAACUUGCAAAGUUUGACUGCUUCCUGCUUGCUGAUAAAUCCCCCCCUUUACAAAAGAAGCCCCUCCUCCUGGCACCAUUUCUCUCAAACUACAAAGUCUGGAACAGAUGUGGAAGCACCAAGUGACACUAGGGGGAGCCCAUAGUCCUAUGAUGGACACACGCCACCCAUCUGCUGCUUCCAGCUUCACUUGCAAGCAAUGUUUGUUUUAAUGCUGUUAGAUGGGUCUGAAUUCAACUGAGUUGGAAGAGGGACUAUGGGAGCAACGUUACUAGGUUUAGCCAGGGCUGGUCCUAGGAAGAGGAAUGCCUUUGAUGCCCCCUACUGAAGUCUAUUUUGCAGGGCCAACCAGAGGGUUUAUGGGCUCUGAUGCAAGUGUAAUGUCCAUCGAAAACGACGUUGCUCAAAACCUUAUCUCUUAGCAAGCAUGUUACAGUUUGUUCAAGUCAAAGUUCAAAAAGCCACAUUCUGAGCAGUAGCGGUGCACUAUGCAACAAAACAGAUGUAUCAGAGGUUUCACUUACCUGUUUUGUAGCAGUUCCUACCUUUUAGUAUUGGGCAAAACACGGGAUACUACUACUACUACUACUACUACUACUACUACUAAUAAUAAUAAUAAUAGCACAACACAAUCUGUGGGUAAUUGGCAGCAUAGUAUAAAAUGAAAUGCUUUGAAUUAAAAACAAUAUAUAAUGCUUUCUUUGGAAUUGAAGGGAAAUGCAUCUAAGGACUGAGCUGCACGGCUUGUCAUGCACUAACAUAGGAAGUUGAAAUAUACCAAGUCAGAUCAUGGUUCCAUCCGGACCAGUAUUGUCAAUACUGUCUCCUAGUGGCUCUCCAGGGUUUCGGGCAGAAGUUUUUCCAGCCCUACGUAGAGAUGGUGGUGACUGAACCUGUGACUUGCUGUAUGCAAAACUUGUGCCCAACUACUGAACCACACAGCCCAUCUCACUAAUUCAAUUGCUGCUCACCAGCCAAACACAACAACCCAUAGCUGAGCUCCAAAAAUCUCUUGAUUUUAUGCCUGCCUGAACUUCAAGGAGGUUGUCAAAUAUCUGGCAGGCUACAAUGCAUUAUUUUCAGUGUUCUUGCUGUUGUUUCAUUUUUAAUAAUGGCUUGCUGUUUUUAAUGGGUUUUUUUGUGGUUUCAUUGUUUUGAUUGUUGUGUGCCACCUUAUACUGACAGAAAGGCAGUAGAAAAAUACAACCAAUCAAUCAAUAAUUGGGGACUGCAUGUUUGUGAAGUUAGUUGCAAUAAAGUACUUUGUCUAGCCAGAACUAUUCACUCAAGCCCUAUUCUGAUGUUAUUUCUUCACAUGUUCAAAGAACUCAAGGAGGGGGAAAGGAGCCAUGCAAGACACCCCAUUCUCAACAUUCCUCUUGAGUCCAUACCUGCCUAUCCACAUUGAGCAGAGGGUCUGAAGGAAUAUUCUUCAUGUUUUUCACUGAAUAUGCUUAGUAUCCUCCCUGUGAUCAGGAACAUGCAAAUAAAAAUAUAUGCUCGUAACAAUAUAAAGACAAUUGCAUAGACUUAAUUUUAAAUUAGCAGAAUCAAGGACCACCAUUUGCAAUCAUCUUAAGCUUAAUUUUUAAAAUGACAUUUAAAAAAAUUGCAACCUUCUAGGUAAUGUUGACAUUACGCCUUUUGAGACAUAAUAGCGCCACAUCCAAACGCCCAAGUAGGAUGCCAAAAUAGGCUGAAUCAAUUUUGCUCUCCCCACCCCAUUAGAAUGACAGUAAAACAUUGUAUAUAUCAAUGUUUCAAUAUCCCAGAAUCACAAAGGCAGAGUCUUAAAGCGAAGGAUAAUCCUCCAUACUGGCCUUCAAGCAAUUGGAACUGUGCACAUUAAGCCUUACUAAUGUGAAAUUACUAUGGAAGAAUCCAAUUCUGUAAAUACUGAAUGCUUUGCAAUAUGUCAGAAAAUGUCAGCUAAUAAAACAAACAUAGCUCUUGUCAACUGGUUAUGUCCUGAAUUCUCUGCCUAAUUAAAGUUACAACGUGCAAUCACUCCAUUCUAAGCUCAAAUGUUGGUAAAAAAACACACCAACCAAGCCAGUACAGCAACUGAAGAACAGCUUUCCCUCCACCUAAAUGUUAUUCUACUGUAACGUGGCCUAAAAUUAUAUAUUAGAUCCCUUCAUGGAGUCAAGGAAAUCUCCCAUUUAUAUGCAAAUCCUGAAGCUUACUGAAUAUUCUAUGAGGACUCAAAUAAAUGGGAACUUGAUGUCAGUAUUUCUUCUUAAAAGCACAAAAUUUGAUUUAUUAAAAUGAUGGAAGCCUUUACAGAUCAUUUUGUGGGGAUUUUUUUUAAAAGUGUGAUUUAUGAAUGGAGUAGAUUUAACUUCCGCAAUUAAGGCCCCUAAUCUGUGAUAGCUUUAUCAUGUCUGUUUUGCAUACCUUGGCAGAAUCCUGAGACUAUGGUGUUCUCGAAGAAGACUUUGGCCUAAUCUACAUCAAGCAAGAUAUUGCACUAUGAAAGUGGUAUAUAAAAGGCAGGAGCCACACCAAGAAGGAUAUAGUGGUAUGAAAGCGGUGUAUAGUAUGUGUCAAUAGGCCCCAGCAGUUGUCAGUGCACUUCAAUAUAGCUAUAAAGCAGUAAUGUGGCUCCUGGCUUCUAUAUACCACUUUCAUACCACAUUCAUAGUGCAAUAUCCUGCUCUGUGCAGAUUAGGCCCUUAUCAGGGAUCCCCUUUUACUAGGUCAUUGUGAUGGUAAACUGUCACAGAGAUUACAACUUUAUCCUAAAUUAACUCUUCAAAAAGCCAUUGCACAAGCUCCUCAGUUGAAGCUGUUCAAGAAGUAGCAAAAGGAAGCUAAGAACCCACUCAAGCUCAGUAGGAUCCAAUUGAAAUGCUAUACAUGUAAAAGAAAGCAAUCAAAAGCAAAAUACAGGUCCACACAGAGCAAAUGCAAGGAGUGGUCUCAACAUCAUUCAUCUCAACAAAAAACCUUGAUUUAUAGGGUAAAGAAGUGGCUCUCAAAAAGCAUAGAAACAAACACAGUUUAUUGCUAGACUUUGGUUUACUGGGCCAAAUUAUUUAACCACCCUAAAUAAUUUGAUGUCAUCAGCUAACUUGUCCUCCCACUUCCAAUUCCAGAUCUCAUAUAGUUUAAAAGCACUGGUCGCAGUACAGAUCCUUGAGGAAUUAACAUCUUUCUAUUCUGAGAACUGUCCAUUUAUUCCUACUUUCUAUUCCUUUACCAAUUACCUAUCUUUCAGAGGAUACAGUAUCUCUUCUUAUCCCAUGACUGCUAAGUUUGUUCAGGAGUUGUUCACAGGAACUUUGUCCCAAAAAAUUUGAAGCUCAAAUAAACACUGCCUACCAGAUCACCCCUAUCUAGAUAUUUGCUGACACUCUCAAAGAACUCUAAAAAGUGAGUGAGGCAGGACUUUGCAGCUGCCAUGUUGAUUAUUUUUCAUUAGGACAUUUCCUUCUGUACGCCUCAUAAUUUUAUCUUUAAUAACAGUUUUCACCAAUUUAUCCAUAACAGACUUUAAUCUUACCAGUCUAUAAUUGUCUGGAAACCCCCACCCCCAUUGAACCCUUUGUAAAAGUGGCAAUCCCAGAGCCCUCAAUUUGGAAAAAUUAGGUAAACUAUGGAAAUGUGCAUAAAUCUGCACGUUUUCCUUUGGUUGCUUGGAGAUGGCAUACAUUAAAGCCACGUAUGACAGAGUCCACGGCACAUGUUUGGUUAGCUGCAGUAGUAGAAAUACCAACCAUAUACCUUGGUUCCCAUGUCACGUAGCCAUCUUAAAAUCUAUUAACACCCUGUUCUCAUGUGGGUUGUCUUUUUAAUAAGUAAAACAAAACAUUAAACACUUGGAUUUUUUUUUUUUUAAAAAAAAUGCUCUUCUACAAAGCAACAACAGCAUGUAAAUGACUUGUAGUAGUUUUAUCUUGUAUGCCUGCCUCAACAACUUUUGAAUUGUUCGUUACAAAUGGAGCUGCAGGCAUGGAAGUAAGAAUAAAAUGGAUGGAGUUUUUUUUUAAUUUUUUAUAUUAAAUUAGGAUAUGACAAUUACAGUUCCAUUGGCAUUAAUUCAAAGACGCUUAUGAUGGGUGUUCCAUGGGUACGGCUAUGAUUAUAUCUGUCUAGGCUUAUCUGCGGUAAAAGGAAAACAAGUAAUUUUCAACUGUAUUUCUGCUCAUUGUGGGUAGACUUUAUUUUUGUGGCCAUAGAUUUGACACUGAUACUUUAAUUCAAAUGUUUUUAGUCUGCAUCUGUAGUGCUUUACUGAAAUGAUCUGCCACUUCUAUACAUCUGCCCAUAGGGGCUGCUUUACUUAAACAGAACUCUAACCUUGUCAAGCAGGGGAGAGCUAUCCGGUUACACCUUCUGACAGGUUAGAAAUCUUAAGUAGCCCUUCUCUCUCUCUCUCUCUCUCUCUCUCUCUCUCUCUCCCUCCUUGUUAAAAUAGUAUGAAGAGGUAUGUUGGCCUUUCUCAGUCCUACUGGCUAAAAGGCUUGUAGAGCAGGACCACCCUGGAUUCUGCCUUCGCACUACUUGUGGGCUGCGACCAGGGCCGGAUCUACACUACUGCUUUAAAGCGUUUUAUAACAGUUAUAAAGCGCUUUAACUGCUUUAAAGCACUAUAAAACUGUUAUAAAGCGCUUUAAAGCAAUAGUGUAGAUCCGGCCCAGCACAGGGUAAAGUGAAGGGAUUGUUGAGCAGUCUUUAUUGAAAGUGAGUUACAGUCCAAUCCUGAAGCUGUGUACCUAAUUAGAAGUAAAUCCAAUUGAUUUCAAUGGUGCUUACUUGUAGCUAAGUGUGCUUCAGUUUUAGUGUCAUGGUGGAAAGCCAAGGAUGAAAUGAUUCAUUCACAUGGGGACUGUGAACCCUGUGGUGAUUUAUUUAUUUAUUGCAUUUCUAUACCGCCCAAUAGCCGAAG